ACCCGAACUACUGUCUCCUGUAAAAGGGAGGUAAUACUGUUGUGUAUCGAAAGCACCAUUACUUUUGAAAGGUCCAAAGCAAAUUCAAAAACCAAGCAACCAUGUUCUACUGCAUCAAAAACUGUGUCGUCUUCAUGUCCUGCCGAGAAAACCGGCACCCCACACGUGAAAAUUCAAUUGCUCCCGUCCUUAACUCAUCAAUCGGCCUUGGCGAGCAGUUCAAGUUUACAAGUGCUCGAUGCACCCACCAAAAUGGAGGGCUUAGUGGAUGAAUUUUUAAAUAUGUGUGCCGACGAAAAGAACAAAUGCGGUAGACAAGCACCCAGGAUUAUAAACUCAAAUAACAGCACUAAUGACAUAACUAUGUACAGAGAAGAUGAGCCGUAUUUAGACAUGUUUCCAAUUGAUGCGCCUGCAUUAUUGGCGCCAUUCUCAACACCACAAAAUGUAUUUACAAUUGAUGAUGACGACUUUAAGAUAACUGAAUCUGAGAAUGAACAGAUAAUUCCUUUAGAGAAUACAGCUUUCAAGCAACCCAUAUCUUUAAGAAAGAAUUCAACCCUCAGAUUAGAUGUUGGAUUACAACAAGUUCAAUCAACUAGUUAUGGUGGUGACAUUUUAAAUACCCCAGAAGUUGUAAAAACGUUGACAGAACAAGAAUCUGCUUUUAAUCUUUUAGCUUAUGUUUUUGAUGAAAAAAAAAAUGACAAUUUAUCUGAAGUAUCUACACCUAAGAUUGCAAAGUCCACAUCACCACCUAAUUCACAAUGGUCUCGUAAGCGACGUAGUAGUAAUUCAUCAGCUUCUAUCCAAACAGAUGAUGAUGACUAUCCAAAACAUAGAAAACCCAAUGAAGAUUACCAGUCUUCUGAUGACAAAUAUAGACAACUAAGAGAUCGUAAUAAUGAAGCAUCACGCAAAUCGAGGGCUACAAGAAAAGCCAAGGAGAAUGAGUUAAACAGCAGUGCCAGUCAGUUGGAAGCCAUUAACAGACGUUUGACAGUUAAAGCUGAAGAACUGGAGCAGAUGGUCAAUGAUAUGAGACAAGCUUUGCUAAAAAUGAUGACAAAAAAAAAAUAAUAUUUUUAAACAAGUUAAAAAAAAAAAAAAAUUAUAACAUUACUUAUAAA